GGAGGCGGCGCUAUUUUGCGAAAUUGCGACAUUGCGCCGACUAUUUUGCGACAACGGCUCUGUUGACGGCACACGUGUGUCCCGUCCAGUCUACUCUGGUAGUGUUUGCUUCAGCAUGGCUAAAGUCUCUAAUAAUAGCUGUGGCAAAAAGAAUCUUAAAAAAAGCUCCGAAGUGACAGAGAAGAGCGCAGCGGUGAAGCCAGAUGAGGUCUACGACGCCGAAGAGGAGGAAUUUAAUGAGGCAGAUGACAACAUCACUAGUGAGGAGGAGGAGGAGGAGGACGUUUGCAAGGAUGAACGAAAACGCCAAAGGCUGCUCGAGGCCAUCAGCGCUCUCGGGGGUAAGAGGAAGAAAAAGCUGGGUGAGAGAUCCGAGGCGGCUGUCCAGAUGUCUGAGUUUAUGGUCAACGCGGAGGGGGAGGGCGACAAAAUCGAUCUGUCUGACCUCAUCGGGACCAUGGACAAAAACCCCGCUGUUCCAGUCAAGACCAAGAAGCAGCUAAGGAAGCUACAACAGAGUAAAAAGACCAUUGAGUGCCCUCUCAGCAAGCAGGAGAGUGAGAGGAUCCAGAGAGAUGUUGCUUUUCAGAAGGCAGUGACAGAGGUGUCCUGGUGGAAAGGAAUCAUCAAACAGAACCAGAGGGUUGAGCAGCUGGUCUUCCCCCUGAACCAGGAGCCCCCUGGCCCCAAAACCAUGGAGAGGGUGGUGACCGGAUGGAAGGCGCAAACCCCACUUGAGCAGGAAAUUUUUGCCCUUCUGUCUGCCAACAAGCAGCCCAUCAAUGACCCCAUCCUGUCACCUGCGGAGGAGGCUUCCCUUAGGGCGAUGAGCCUGGAGGAGGCCAAGCUUCGCCGCGCAGAGCUGCAGAAAGCCCGGGCUCUGCAGUCCUACUACGAGGCCAAGGCCCGGCGAGAGAGGAAGAUCAAGAGCAAGAAAUACCACAAAGUGCACAAUAAGGCCAAGCGUAAAGAGUUCCUAAAGCAGUUUGAUGAGAUGGUGAAGAUAGACCCGGCUGCUGCCUUAGAGGAGCUGAAUAAGAUGGAGCUGGCCAGGAUGAAGGAGAGGAUGUCGCUGAAGCACCAGAACAGUGGCAAGUGGGCCAAGUCGAAGGCAAUCAUGGCCAAAUACGACAAGGGUGCUCGCAAAGCCAUGCAGCAGCAGCUGGAAGUGAACAAAGAGUUGACCCAGAAGGUGGUGACAUCACUGAACAAUGAGGAAGAGGAGGAGGAAGCAGGCUAUGCAGAACUGAUGCCUGAUUUUGUGAAUGAUGCAGAGCAAGGACUGGAAUCUUCCAAUCCCUGGAUGAGAGGCAAGCUCUCUAAAGAUCCCACAGAGAAAGAGAUGAGUGACAUUGUGGAUCUUACAGCAGAGGGGACUGGAGUGGUGGGAAAUACAGCUGAAGAAGAAGAGGAUGAGGAGGAGCUGGAGGAAGCGGAAGAGGAAGCACUCCUCAGAGAGUUUGACAGCAGGAGGAAACUGCGUCAGGUUGAGGAGGCUCACACAGUAUCUGUAAUAUCCAUGGAUGAUGACCUAGAUGCCUCAGACAAAGAGGAGAAGGAGCUUUCAGAGUUCACAAGCCUUUUCCAAGUAAUAGCAGAUGGCCUUCGGGACACUGAAGUGGAGCAAACUGGGGCAGCAGCAGACGCCGGCCACACGGACACUUCAGUGCAGUUGGAAGAAGGGCUGAUGAGGAUCAGGACUCUGGAGGAUAUGGAGUUCCUCAGUCAGGUGGAGUCAGCCACUGAUAAAGCACCUGUUCAGCCCCAGCCAACCCCAGCCACAGACGACCUUCCAUCUGCUACUCAAAAGGCAGGCAAAAACAGAAAAAGGAAGAGAGGGAUUGAGCUGAAAGAGGUUCUCACCAGAGAGGCAAAAGUCAUCCAAGUCCCAUUCGCUCAAACAGUUGAGGACGCAGAGGACUCAGAGGACUCAGAUGAAAAGCUGAACCAGAGGGGGCUGAUUAAAGAGGCCUUUGCUGGGGAUGAUGUAAUCUCAGACUUCCUUAGGGACAAGAGGAAGGAGGAAGAUGCAGGGAAGCCUAAGGUGGUGGACUUGACACUGCCUGGGUGGGGGGAGUGGGGAGGGACGGGCCUCAAGCCAUCCAACACCAAACGCAGGAGGUUCAGGAUCAAGACUGCACUGCCUCCACCCAGGAAAGAUCAACAACUGCCCAGUGUCAUCAUCUCAGAGAAGAGAAACAGCUCCAACAGCCUCCACCAGGUGAAUUUGCUGCCCUUUCCUUUCGAGAACCAUGCACAGUUUGAGAGUACCAUCAACUCUCCCAUUGGCCGCACUUGGAACACAGAGCGGACUGUUAAAAAGAUGACCAAGCCCAAGGUGAUCACCCAGUUGGGAGCCAUCAUCGAACCUAUGGCUCGGGAGGAGCUGAUAAAGGACAGGAAGCUGGUGUCUGCAGGGAAUAAAAGUAGCGUGGACUCAUGGAAAAGAAAACAGUAGCAACAACUAAUACUGAUUUGAUCAAAAGUAAAUAAGGUUGAUACUAUACUCCACUAAGCAGCUAUUCUGUAGAGAUUAAAUUCUAUGUGGGUGUGUAUGGGAUGAUGAUCAAUUUACUUCAGUCUAUGUUGUGAGAAUAUUUCAGCAUUUAAGGAGCUGAAAUUAUGUUUGACAAAUUCUAUAACUCACCUUUUUUCUGGAAUUUUUCAUAUUGUUUAUUUGAUACUACAAAUGUGUUAAAUUAAAUAUAUAAAAUCAACUGAGUAGUUACGACUUGAAAUAAAUUACCCCUUUGAAGUUAAA